CUUCUUUUCCCUUAAAAAAAAGAGACGGAGAGUGAGUGAGCGAGAGAGACUCCACUUCCCAGAAGCCUCUUGUUACCCACGCAGCCGCAGUCUUGCGCAGGCGCCGCCAGGGCCAAACGGACACGUCGGUCACGUGAACAGUAGCCGGCCAAUCCGGUUUGAAUCUCAUUUUUUUCUUCUCACCCCCCCUUCAGGAGCGGUUGUGCGAUCAGAUCGAUCUAAGAUGGCGACUGUGGAACCGGAAACCACCCCUACUCCUAAUCCCCCGCCUUCAGAAGAAGAGAAAACAGAAUCUAAUCAGGAGGUUGCUAACCCAGAACACUAUAUUAAACAUCCUUUACAGAACAGAUGGGCACUCUGGUUUUUUAAAAAUGAUAAAAGCAAAACUUGGCAAGCAAACCUUCGGCUGAUCUCUAAGUUUGAUACUGUUGAAGACUUUUGGGCUCUGUACAACCACAUCCAGUUGUCUAGUAAUUUAAUGCCUGGCUGUGACUACUCACUUUUUAAGGAUGGUAUUGAGCCUAUGUGGGAAGAUGAGAAAAACAAACGAGGAGGACGAUGGUUAAUUACAUUGAACAAACAGCAGAGACGAAGUGAUCUGGAUCGCUUUUGGCUAGAGACACUGCUGUGCCUUAUUGGAGAAUCUUUUGAUGACUACAGUGAUGAUGUAUGUGGAGCUGUUGUUAAUGUUAGAGCUAAAGGUGAUAAGAUAGCAAUAUGGACUACUGAAUGUGAAAACAGAGAGGCUGUUACACAUAUAGGGAGGGUAUACAAAGAAAGGUUAGGACUUCCUCCAAAGAUAGUGAUUGGUUAUCAGUCCCAUGCAGACACAGCUACUAAGAGCGGCUCCACCACUAAAAAUAGGUUUGUUGUUUAAGAAGACACCUUCUGAGUAUUCUCAUAGGAGACUGCGUCAAGCAAUCGAGAUUUGGGAGCUGAACCAAAGCCUCUUCCAAAGCAGAGUGGACUGCAUUUAAAUUUGAUUUCCAUCUAAAUGUUGCUAAGAUAUAAGAGAAGUCUCAUUCGCCUUUGUCUUGUACUUCUGUGUUCACUUUUUUUUUUUUUUUGGCUAGAGUGUCCAUUAUCCCAAUCAAAGAAUUACAGUACACAUCAUCCCCAGAAUCCAUGAAUGUGUUCCUGGCCCACUCUGUAAUAGCUUAGUAGAAUUACCAUUAUAAACACAUUUUACCCAUCCACAAUAUUCAAAAAAGAACUUGCAUUUCUAUACCUUAAAGGAAAAAAUUCUGUUUAUGUUCCAUUGUAUGCAGGAGCAUAUUUUGCUGGUUUGAAAGAGUAUGAUGCAUACAGUUUUCUAGCAAUUUUCUUUUUCUUUUUACAGCAUUGUCUUUGCUGUACUCUUGCUGAUGGCUGCUAGAUUUUAAUUUAUUUGUUUCCCUACUUGAUAACAUUAGUGAUUCUGAUUUCAGUUUUUCAUUUGUUUUGCUUUUGUUUUUUUCCUCAUGUAACAUUGGUGAAGGAUCCAGGAAUAUGACACAAAGGUGGAAUAAACAUUAAUUUUGUGCAUUCUUUGGUAAUUUUUUUGUUUUUUUGUAACUGCAAAGCUUUGCUACAAAUUUAUGCAUUUCAUUCAAAUCAGUGAUCUAUGUUUGUGUGAUUUCCUAAACAUAAUUGUGGAUUAUAAAAAAAAAAAUGUAACAUCAUAAUUACAUUCCUAAUUAGAAUUAGUAUGUUUUUGUAUCUUUAUGCUGUAUUUUAACACUUUGUAUUACUUAGGUUGUUUUGCUUUGGUUAAAAAAUGGCUCAAGUAGAAAAGCGGUCCCAUUCAUAUUAAGACAGUGUACAAAACUGUAAAUAAAAUGUGUACAGUGAAUUGUCUUUUAGACAACUAGAUUUGUCCUUUUAUUUCUCCAUCUCUAUAGAAGGAAUUUGUAUUUCUUAUUGCCAGGCAGUCUCUAUUGUGUCUUAUAGUGUCUUCCACGUGAACAGCAUAAGUUUGGAGCACUAGUUUAUUAUGUUUAUUAUAAUUUUUAAUAAAUUGAAUAGGUAGCAUCAUAUAUAUGGAAUUAAAUUGAUGUGACUAUCUUUGUUUUUUUAUAAAGGAAGGCAUAGUCCUUCAGUCAUAGGUAAAUAAUGUACUCUUAAUGUAUUAAAACACAAGAGAAUUGUUAUCUUGGUGCAUUACCAUUUGAUUGGUAGGAAUGGUAGUUGUAAAACUUGGUUGCUGAAUUGAGAUGUUCUUUUCUAAGUGUCAAAAUGAUAGCAUAGGGAAAGAGUACAGGUGAUGGGGGCAUAUACAUUAAGAAUUUUGUUAGUGUUGCUGUCUAAAUAGAAUGGAAUAAACAGGUACGAAGACUUAUAUUUAUAUUGGUAAAUUGGUGUAGUACGGUUUUAUGUAAAUUUGAAACGUGAUCUACUCUUUGUAGGCAUUUGAAAGCACAUUUGAAAAAUGUUGUAUAUAGUUGUGUAUUUCAGAUGCAGUAAAAUGAAAUGGCUAUUGUAGACAAAAGAAUAAGCUAAACUUCUAGAUAGAAUGAAAAUGAUUAGAUGAGAGGAAAAUUUGUGUUUAAAUAGUCAUUAUGAAUUAAUCAUUUAAGAACUGAAAAGUUUGACAAAACUCAUAUAAAGUAAACAUAAAAUUAAUAGUAUUGACUUCAUUGAAGAAUUUUAAAACUUCAGUUUAAAGGGUGCCACAGGCUACCAUCUGAGUACUCUCAAUACCACAGACACCUCUUGUUCAGUAUUCUAGAAACACUGAAUCUCUUGUGUUUAUAAUCUCACUAGACUAUAGCUAAUAUCUGCUGCUUAAGCUUGGGUGCUUGGUUAAAUGAUUUAUUGUCUGUGUUGAUAUGUGUAGUUGUGAGCACUUCAAGAGCUUGCUUAUAAGUGAUGGUGGUGUGUUGGCAAUGGGUGGGAUUGGAGUAGUAUAUCUAUUAGAAAUUAAUGCUCUAGUUCCUUAAUUCUAAGAUGCAGUCCAUUUGAAGAAGCAUCAGCUUUCAGGAGUGGAGGAGGAAUAAUGCAUUAAAUGUACACAUUUCUGAAUUUUAAAAAACCUGGUUUAUAACAAGCAUUUGAUUAUCCUUAUCAUUACCAUUUUAGAAUCAUAAUCAGUUUUAUUUUAAGUCUUUUCCCAGUGGGUGGGGAGGAUGAUAAAUUACUGAGUCACUUUUGGCAGAUGCCACCUAAGUAUUACAGUGACUUGCAACUUUUCAUAAUUUCAUUAGCGUCUUUUCUAAAUAUAAGAUUAGACUAUAUGAUUUUUCUAACUUUUUUCUCCCUGUCCAACAGGAUAUUAUAAAUAAAUAUAUUUUCAUAAUAGAGAAUUAAAAUCUUUUAACAGAAGAAUUGUAAUUAAUUGUAGGGUGUGACAUAUUUAACCAAUUUAAUUGUUAAUCCAAUUCUACAGAAGGAUUUGAGACAUACUGUAUAAGAAUUAAGUAAUUACAAUACUUAUGUAAUACUUACUUUGUGCCAGACAGUGUUCUAAGCACUUUACAUGCACUUUAACCUGCACAGUAAUUAUUUGAUGUAGGUGCUGUUAUCCCUAUUUUAUAGAUGAAACAGAAGCAGUGAGGACGUAAGUCACUGUACAGCUUGUAAAUUGCAAAGUGUGGAUUUCAUUCCAGAGACCCUGUAAAUCACAUCAUACUCUUAAUAGUGUAGAGCCUAUCUUAAAGUCUGUGGUAAAUCACAUCAGAUUGUAGUCAUUUUAUAGGCCAGGCCUUUUACUUACAUUUUAUUUCCUUUGGUAAUGAAAACGUAAAAUAGACAGUCUCCCUAGGCUCACUCUGUUAGCAAUCAACUAAAUUAAUCAUCUGAAGGAGUUUUGAGAAUGUGGAGAAAAAGAUACAGGAGUUCACAGAUACUGUUCAGUUGUAUCAGUUAAGUGGAUAUUUUCAUAUACAACUUUUAAGUGUCUAUAUCCUGUUAUCUUCUAAAAUAAAUGGUAAAAUAAAGCAAAAUUUUCAAGUUGAUAGGAGUAAAGGUUCUUAAAUACCAUAGUUUGCAUUUAAAAGGAUAAUUUUCUAAGGCAGUGUGAUAAUGCGAUGUUUUACAUUUUAAAAUUAAAACAAGUUAACGACAAGUCUCUGUGCUACUUUUUAUCUCUAAUUGUUACGGAGUGUCUUCAUUAUUUAGGAGGGGGAAAAAACAACUGAGUUUUCUCACUCAAGAGUCAGAUUCUAGACAAAUGCAAGAUUUUAGAUCAGAUUGACAUUAAAAAACAAAACACUGGGUCAUUGCAAUCCAGUGUCUCUGUGCACCAGUUAGAAAUUGAGAAUGUAUAGAAAUUUCUACAGCAAUUUGAUAUUGCUGUUGCAUUAAAGUUUAUCAUUUUUCUAGUAAUUUUUGAAAACGUGUUUUACAAAAAUGUUUUUGACAGCAAUUUAGGCGUUGAAACUGGUCCUUCACAUAUAAUUUGAGAAACACUACUCUUAGGUGGUUUUCCUCAGGAGCCAAGGCCAGCUCAUUUGCCCAUCCUUCCCUAAAACAACUAGGUUUGUUAUUCAUCUCCUCACAACUAUUGGACUUGGUGUCAAAAUUUCAUUUCUAAACUGUAGCAUCUUUAAAUAAUACUGUGUGGUAUCCUGCUUACUAUGAAUUCCAAAGUAGACAUUAGGCAGCCUUCCUAGUUACCUUGGGUAGUUUAUACUUCAGUGUUCCUGUUGCUAUUCCAUUGCUAGAAGCAAGAAAUGAAAUUGCAGGCAUGCGAUCACAUGUGGUACUAGGUUUUUCUUUUUAAUUGAGAGGAACCAAUUUUCACAUUUUAAUCUUGUCCUGUUUCUUUUAAUUCAGAGCUUGUAAUUCCUCAUAGUUUUGCACAGAGGUUCUGUUCCUACGUUUCCUAUCCACCCCGCCCCCCCGCCCCCAAGAUAUGUAUUGAGUCGUUACAUUUGUUGUGUUCUAGGUGAGGGGCCUAACAAUAGAAAACAGAAUGAACUAGACUCUGCUUCAAACUUUUAAAAGCAGACAUGUCUUAAAAAUAAACAGAUCUCUCCAUAAGGUUCUACAGUUUUUGUUACUGAAAUAGAACUCCUAGGGUCUCUGUUACUAGGGAUUAGUAGUCUGGAGGUACAUAGAAGGUGAGGUGGUUUAACCAUGAGUGAACAUCACACUAGGUAGGACUAAACCCUUGCAGGCAAAGAACAGCUUUUGCAAGACUUAAUUUUUAUAUUACUGAAAUCUAUGCUUGUCCAAGAAAAAUUUGGUUCUUUUUUGGUUAUGUGAUUUUACUUUUUAAUAAUUACAACUUUCAUUUAACAUACUGAGUAUUGUGAAACAUUUUAAAUGUGAUUGUGUCUACAUUGGCAUGGUUGUAUAGAUCCUCUAGCCACCUCCCCAAAAUACCUAAAGUGUUUUUUUCCUUUCACGUUUGACCAAACAAUGCAUGCUUAUUGUAUUUUGACUACAGAAAGGUAGAAGGUGAAAAUUUCCUUUCUUGUUCAAACCCACUCUUUUUUCUCUCUUUUCUCAAAUUUCUAGUAAAUGUCUAAAUUUCUGUGCACACACCAGACACGUGUGUGCACAUGUGUGUAACUUUUCUUUGGACACAGAUCAUUUUGGUAGCAUUUUCUCAUUUAAGAAUUCUGGACAUUUUUACCUUGAAUUGCACAUACAGAACAUUGUUUUUAUUCUUUGUCUAGUGAUCCAUUGUGUGAAUGUAUGCCUUAUUGGAGGACUGCCUGCCUGCUUUCCUUCCUUGUAAUUUUUGCCUUUAUAGUCCCCACUGUAAAUUGUCUUAUCUUUGUAUACUGUGUUUUUUUGCUGUGUGUAAAGAAAACAGUUUUCUGUUCUUUAGCUAAGUGGCACUUACUCUUCUUUCCCUCUUCCACACCAGACUGUUUGAAACCACAUACAUGAAUUAUCAUCAGUUUUGUAAUUGUGUCCUGUAGUGCUUCUUUGCAAGUUUUCAGUUUUGGUCCUCAUGAUAUCUUUCUGAUUCGUUUUUAAUUGCAUUACUUUCUUCUAAUGAGCCAACAUUGUUAUAAUUACAAGUAGUUUUUCCCAAAGACAAGCAAUAAGCUAGUAAUUCUAUUUUAGACCUGUAAACGUUGAAAGAGCUUGAAUCAAAUACAUUGAUACUGGACCCUGUUUUAUUUUUAAGCAGUGUAAUGAAUUUAACUCCAUAAUUUUUAAAAUGAGAGCAUUUCCCAAACACAUCUAUAUAUUUUUAUAACCUUUUCCCCUUGGCAUUUGGUUUUGUUUUUAAGCGCUUUUUUUUUUUCCGUUAUAUUUGUUUUCAAUCUUUGACUCUGUUUUAAGUAAAUGGUUUCCGUGAAAUGCCUGUGUGUUUUGUUUUGGUACAGGAUACACUAUAAAAUACAUGAGGCAUAAGAUAUUGUUCCAACUUGACCCUGCUCUGCGUUGUCUCAUGUCAAGGCAUUAAGUGUAUUACACACACAUUUGGGGCUUUUUCUGUGUUCUGGCACUGCCUUUCAGAUAAUGACUAUGGUUAAAUACUGCAGUGUCCUGUGCUUUUUCAAGCAUAAGGAAUUUGUAAUUGAGCCAGAAUGACCUUUAAGGGAAUCAUGAGUUUUCAUUUCACAUGCUUUUUCUUCUUUCAGGAAACCACUAAUUAUUGACCUCCUCCUCAUGCUUUUUUUAAAGUGCUGCUCUUUAUAAAGUUUCUGUCUAUAAAUAUUAAUGCGUUCCAUUUCUUCUUAGGUUAUCCAUUCUGUCACUUUAUUUGUGACAGUGACUUCAAGUAUUUGUCCUUAGGUAUAACCUUCCUCUUGUGCUUCAGAUCUGUGUCUCCCUGCCUACUGGACCUCUCAUGUUGGGGUCAGCAAACUACAACUCAUAGGCUAUAUUUGGUCUGCAUUCUGUUUUGUAAAUAAAGUUUUAUUAAAACAUA